AUGUUAAAAGCAGUAACAUCCAUCAAGAAUAAACUGAUAAGCUUGAAAAAUUUGAACUCUAAAAUCUCACCUGAUGAUUACAAUAUUAUAAAAGAAGGCCGUGCUGAGAUCUUGUUUCCAAAAGAGGAAACUGUCUUUUAUAAUCCAAUUCAACAAUUUAACAGAGAUUUGAGUGUUACAUGUAUCAAAGCAUGGAAUAAUUUGUAUGGUCCAAAGGCUAAGAAUAAUAGAAAAACAGUUAUCAAGCCAUCUCAUAAACGUGCUAACGAGGAUUCCGAUUCGGAUGACCAAACAUCUAUUAAGCAUAGAAAGCUAGAAGAUGGCUCAGUUCAGGUCGAAACUUUUGUUCACCGCAAACCAUAUCUUAAAAUUCUAGAAGCUCUUUCAGCAACAGGUUUACGUGCUAUCAGAUAUGCUAAAGAAAUUCCCAACGUUAAAGAAAUUGUUGCAAAUGAUUUACUACCCGAAGCUGUUGAAUCUAUUAGAAGAAAUGCACAAUAUAAUAAUGUUUUAGACAUAGUUAAACCAAAUCAAGAUGACGCCAAUGUCUUAAUGUACCGUAAUAAGGCUCAAAAUAAGAAGUACCAUAUUAUAGAUUUAGAUCCAUACGGAACUGUUACACCAUUUGUCGAUGCAGCUUUUCAAAAUAUCGAAGAUGAUGGUUUAAUGCUUGUUACUUGCACUGACUUAUCAGUUUUAGCUGGUAAUGGCUAUCCAGAAAAAUGUUUUGCAUUAUAUGGUGGUGUUAAUAUGAUAAGCCAUGAAGCUACACAUGAAAGUGCUUUAAGAUUAGUGUUAAACUUAUUAGGGCAAACUGCUGCAAAAUACAAGAAAAGCAUCGAGCCAUUAUUAUCACUAAGUAUUGAUUUUUAUGUUCGUGUUUUUAUUAAAGUUAAAACAUCACCUAUUAAAGUCAAAGAUUUACAAUCCAAUACCAUGAUCACUUACCAUUGUUCUAAUUGUGGUUCCUUUGCCAAUCAACCAUUAGGUCGUAAGAGUGAAAAAGUUGGUAAGAAGUCUAGUAAACCUUAUGUUAAAUUUGCUCCAGCUUCCGGACCUCCUGUAAACGAAAAAUGUCAAUUUUGUGAUGGCACCUUCCAUUUAGCUGGCCCAAUGUAUGCUGGUUCAUUACACAAUGAUGAAUUUGUUAAAGAAGUUUUACGUAUUAAUAAAGAAGAACAUUCUAAGAAAAAGGAAUUUGAGGGAGUAUACGGCACCACCAAAAGAAUCGAAGGUAUGGUAACUCUUGCCGCUCAAGAAUUAAAAGAUGCACCAUUUUAUUUCAGCCCUAAUAAUGUUUCCUCUAUUAUUAAAUUGCAAGUCCCACCAUUAAAGAGAAUUGUUGCUGGUUUAGGUUCAUUAGGUUACCAGUCUUCGUUAUCUCAUGCUAAACAUUCAUGCUUGAAGACUAAUGCUCCAUGGGAAGCCAUUUGGUACGUUAUGAGAGAGAGCCAAAAAAUUGAUUUCCCAGAUAUUGAUAUGAACAAAAAAUUAUCUAAAAUGAAUAAAAAUACCGCUGGAUAUAAGAUUUUAAGUAAAAUGAAUGAAUGGUUACCAAAAGAAGAAGAUAGCAUUGCCAAAGAAAAUAAGAAUGCAGAUGAAAAACCUAAGAAGGAUUACGGUGAAAUAGAUUACUCUAGAAAGAAUAAUUCUUUUGAUAUCACAAAAUUAUCGUUUGAACCCAACGAGCAAAGUAACAAAGUAGAAGGAUUAAGACAUUUGAAAAUGGUCAGAUACCAAGAAAAUCCAACCAAGAAUUGGGGUCCAAAGGCUCGUCCAAAUUCUUCAUAG